AUGGGGCUUUUUACGUGGCUUUCCUCUACCCAGAAGCAGCAGCAGAAGGAGCUGCAGGCCCUGCAGCAGCAAGCAACACGGGCCAAUGCAGCAACCCGAGACGCGGAAGCUGCGGCGCAGCAAGCUCUGGCAGCUACUACCCCGCGGCCCUACGGAGCCAGCACAAGUCGCGAUCGCGUAGCAGCGGCAGCAACAGCAGCAGCUGCAGCAGGCGCCGUUGCUUCCUCUUGCGAGGACCUGGGCAACGCGCGUGCUGUUGCGCAGCAGCUGCUGCAGCAGCGGCUGCUGCAGCCCGCUGCAGGGUCGGACAGCAAGCUGCUGGCGCUGCUGCUGCUACAGCAGCUGCUCGAAGCCUCUGGCUACUUCCGCAUUAUUGCUGCUGUCUUGCUCAUAGGUGCUGCACAAGCUCCGGGGGUGCGCCGCAGCAGUAGCCGCAGCACAAGCAGAAACAAUGCCUCAGCUUUGUCAGCUUCUCUUUCGCUUCUUCAGUGGCUGCAGCAGUUCUCUGUCUUGAUGCUGCUGCGGUCCCCGAAUCCACCGCCUCGGCGGAAGCAGCAGCAGCAGCAGCAGCAGCAGGCGUUGGCAGCUCAGACCCGCCUGCAGGUGCUGUUUCCCACGGGGACAACUGAAAUGGAAAUGCGUUGCUGCGGCAUGCUUGCUGCGAGGUGUCUUUACACUGCAGCAGCAGCAGCAGCAGCAGCAGCAGAUCCCCUCGGCGUGCAGCAGGAAAUCAAAAGGUCCCUAGUGCUGCUGCAAAGCCUUGGCGUCGACAAGGCGCCCCCGUCGCCGGAAAUGGAGGUCCAAGCCAUGUGCGGCACUUCUGCGGAGGUGCUGCUGCAGCAGCAGCAGCAAAUGCUGUUUCUGAGCAGCAACCAAAACCCAAGCCAUCAGCAGCAGCACCAGCAGCAACAACAACAACAGGUUCCGCCAAAUCUGACGGCCUCGAGCUCGUCAGUCGAGAUUCGCAUUGCAGAGGUAAUGUCAAGCCUGGAGCUCCUGCAGGAGCUUCUGCAGCAGCCAACAGCUGAGGGGCUGUCAAUGCUAGACUCCCUGAAGGAAGGGCUGCAGCAGCAGCAGCAGCAGCUGCAGCGGGACGCAACACAGCUUGUAGACGAGGGACGUCUCGACCGCUUUGCAGACGUUUCAAGGCUCCUGGACACCGUGGAGGCGACUCUACAAAAUUUGGAAGCUACACGUGCCCAUCUUAACCAGGAGACUCAUCAGCAGCAGCAACAGCAGCAGGAGCAGCAACAACAUGCGGAGCAGCAACACGAGCAACAGCAGCAGGGACAGCAGCGCCAAGAGCAGCAGCAGCACGAACAACAGCAGCAUGAGCAGCAGCGACAUCUGGAGGGGAACGAGCAGAAGCAUGACAAUGAAACAAACAAUAUAGCAGAUGCAGCAGCAGCAGCAUCAGCUGCAGCAGCAGCAGUAGCAGCAGCAACAGCAGCAACAGCAGAAGAAGACCAAGGGCUUUCUGAAGCCGCCUUAACAACAGAGGGACCGACAAGCAGCACAGAUGUACGCACGCCAGUGAUUUCUGAGCAAGCAGAUUUGGCCUCUCCUGCAGCGGCACCUGCUGCAGCAGCUGCUGUUGCUGCCACUGCUGUUCCGAGCGCAGCAGCAGACGAGCUCAUGCUAUUCGCAAUCGCUGACGAGCCCUUUGACACGACGCAGCAGCAACUCCAACAGCAGCCGCAGGAGCAGCAGCAGCAGCAGCGGCGAAAGGGGGAAGAGAACCAGGGGAUUGGAACUUCUGCUGGUGAGCUGAACACGCACAGCAGCAACUGCAGCAAGAGUCCGACAAGCAAGCGCAGCAGCAGCAGCCGCAGCAGCCGCAGCAGCCGCAAAGAGAAGCGCAGCAGCAGCAGGAGCCAGAGCAGAGACUCGAAAGCUGUUGAAGAAGCGUCAUUCACGAUCGAUACAGGUAUAACCUUUCCGGACACAGCCGCAGCAACAACUGCAGCAACUGGAACAACAGGAGAAGCAGCAGGGAACGAACCACCAGCUGGAAGCAGCGCAGGGGGCAUGAACUCGGGUGCAAGACCUGAGAAUGAAACAGGUGCGGCAGUGUUGCUGACGGAUUCGGCCGCUGCUGCUGCAUCAUCUGCUGCUGCUCCAGCUGCUGCUGCUGCGGGCGAGCCGGACACACCUCAGGGCUGGGGGACUUCGUUGGAAGUGGCUGAGUUUUCAGGUGAGGCAGAGGGCUUGCGAGAGGCUCUCGGGCCUGCUGCUACCGGUGCUGCAGCACGCAGCAGCUGGGAUUCUCUGGAAGGCGUAGGUGCUACUAGAGAGCAGCAAGAGCAGCAACAGGUGCAGCAGCAGCGGCGGCAGCAAACGGAAAAGAGACGCAGCAGCGCAGCUACAAGCUUCGAGGACUUCGGGGCAUUUUCCUCCGCCCUAUCCGACAGCGGCUCCGACUUGUCCCCGCGAGAUAGGCAGCAGCAGCAACAGCAGCUGCAGCAAAGAGCUACCCAGCUGCAACAACAGGACAGCAGCAGCAGCCAGCAGAACAGCUUUGAACAGCCCACGUGGCCUUCUCCUGCUGCUUGGUGGCCCCCAGAGCCCAUCUCUAGCGGCCAUUUUGUGUGGGAUGACCCGGCGGACAAACAAAAGCAAGAGCAGCAGCAGCAGCAGCAGGAGCAACAGCAGCAACCAAAGAAGGAGCAGCAGAAGCAGCCUACUCAGCCACAGUAUUCUUAUGAGCAUCCUCCAGCUUACAGGCCCAUGGCAAGCCCUCCAGAGAAAAAGGUUUCCUUCUUGGACUCUUCACCAAGAGAGACGGAUGACUCAGAUUCUGGGUCUGUGGCUGCUGCCCGCGGCAGCCUGCAGCCGCAGCAGCAGCGGAAGCAAGAAUGGCAGCGAAAACUGGGCGCUGCGGAAAAGCACUCAGUCGGCGAAGCAGCAGAAGCAAGUAGCAGCAACGAGGAAGAGCAGCGACGAUCUGCUGCUGAGUGGAGCGCGGAGGUGGCGCUGCUGCGGCAGCAGCGACGGCAGCUGCAACAGCAGCUAGCUGCUGUUGAAGCCGAUGCAGCACGAACAGAGGCAUCUCUUUCAGCCAGCGAGCAACAACAGGAGAUGUUGAGGGAACAGCUGGAGGAGCAGCAGCAGGAGUUGCAGAAGCUGCAGCAGGAUCUGAAGGCCAGCCGAGCAGCGCAAAAGGCAGCAGAGGAGGCGCUGCAGACGACGCAGCUGCUGCUGCAGCAAAGAUCCUCAGCGGCAGAAAUGGCGAAAGAGAUGUGGCUCAAGGAGAGCGAGAGGGCCUCGAAGCUUGCAGAUGACCUAGACAUUGCCGAGAGAACCAUCGCACUCCACGAGGAGGCGAUUUUGGGUAGCAAUGCGGAGC